AGCGGUCAGCGGCGUAAGGUCCGUUUGUUUCAGCUGUGCGCGGUCUGCUGUCGUUAUUGAUGCUUCAGACCAAACUCUUCAGAGAGGUUAGUAAACGCUAUGUGUUUGUGCGCAGCGUUCAGCAGAAGCGCCUCCAGAAUGACGUCUGUGGUGAGCGACACGGCCGAGGCGGUGGAUCUGUGUCCCGAGUUCAGUCUCUACCUCAAACACAUCUCCAGAAUCACGGUCAGCGUGGCUCUGCCGCACCUCAAGACGCCCGGCAAGUCCAUCUCUAACUGGGAGGUGAUGGAGCGGCUGAAGGCCAUGGUGCAUCCGGAGCAGUUCUCCUCGCUGCGCAUCUCCAAGAGCAGCAUGGACUUCCUCCGCUUCGAGGGCGAGGUGGAGAACCGGAGCGCCGUCAAGCGCUCGCUGGCCAAGCUGGAGGGCAAGAGCAUCAAGCUCAGCGGCUUCACAGACGUCCUGAAGAUCCGCGCCGUCGAGCACAAAGCAGACUUCCCCACACGCCACGACUGGGACUCCUUCUUCAGAGACGCCAGGGACAUGAACGAGACGGUUCCCGGAGAACGGCCCGACACCAUUCAUCUGGAGGGGCUGCCGUGCAAGUGGUUCUCCGUGAAGGACGGCGCUCCCGACAGACCCUCGGAGGCGGCGCUCCGGACGGUUUUCCAGCGCUUCGGGAAGAUCCGGAACGUGGAUAUCCCCAUGCUGGACCCGUACCGCGAGGAGAUGACCGGGAAGAACUUCAACACCUUCUCGUUCGGGGGACACCUGAACUUCGAGGGCUUCGUUCAGUAUCAGGAUCACACGGGCUUCGUCAGGGCCAUGGACUCGCUCCGGGGGAUGAAGCUCAUGUUUAAGGGAGACGAUGGGAAAGCCGUGGCCUGCAGCAUUAAGGUGACGUUUGACACGACUAAACACCUGAGCGAUUCGUCGCUGAAGAAGCGUCAGCAGGAGCGACUGAAGCUGCAGGAGCUGGAGAAACAGAGAGAGGAGCAGAAACGCCGAGAGAAGGAGGAGGAGGAGCGCCGCAAGCAGGAGGAGAGUUGUGUGCAGAGGCUAAAGCAGCAGCAGCAGCAGGAGCGCAGACGUCUGGAGGAGCGCAGACAGCUGCAGGAGGACGAGCUGCGCCGCGUGGAGGCCGAGAAGCAGCGAACGCUGGAGCUACAGAGGAGAGAGCGCCAGCUGCGCGACAAACUGCUGGGAAACCUGCUCAAGAAGAGCACCAACACUGACGACGUCCAUCUGGACCUGCAGAUCUGCGCCGCGCAGAACCAGAACCAGCGCAGACACACCAGCGCAGCCACGAAGCAGCAGAAGCGGAAAGAGAGCGAAGCAGACGGCGGCAGACGUGAACGCAGUCGCAGACGCAGCCAGAGCAGCAGCCGCAGUCGCAGCCGCAGACGCUCGCGUCACCGAUCCAGACGAUACUGAGAGAACAACCUCAUCAAAACACAGCCAGGUCACAUUCACCCUAAACAUAGAACACAAAACAUAAGAAAAUGCAUUUUGUUUAAAGAAAGCUGAUUUAGGAACACUAAGAUUUUUCCCCCAGCAUGUUGUAUGUUUUUCAUAAGGAAUGUGAAGCCAUUUUAUUUUAUUUUAUUUUUUAUUA